UCCGGAACCAUCCAGGGAGAACGCGGCUGCGAGUUGGGUCUCCGUGGUCCGAGACGCUGCUGAUUUUUACCGGUCUUUGCUCGCGGCUGUGCAGGCACGGUUACUCAGAAAGGAUGGGCGAGGAGAGCAGCGACGACAAGAAGCCCACGACCAAGUUCGAACUGGAGCGGGAAACAGAGCUUCGCUUCGAGGUGGAAGCCUCGCAGUCCGUUCAGCUGGAGCUGCUCACCGGCAUGGCUGAGAUCUUUGGCACCGAGCUGACUCGGAACAAGAAGUUCACCUUCGACGCUGGUGCCAAGGUGGCUGUUUUCACGUGGCAUGGCUGCUCUCUGCAGCUGAGCGGCCGCACCGAGGUGGCUUAUGUCUCCAAGGACACCCCGAUGCUGCUUUACCUCAACACUCACACAGCCUUGGAGCAGAUGCGGAGGCAGGCGGAGAAGGAAGAAGAGCGGGGACCCCGAGUGAUGGUGGUGGGCCCCACCGACGUGGGCAAGUCCACCGUGUGUCGCCUGCUGCUCAACUACGCUGUGCGCUUGGGUCGCCGUCCCACCUACGUGGAGUUGGACGUGGGCCAGGGCUCCGUGUCCAUCCCCGGCACCAUGGGGGCCCUCUACAUCGAGCGGCCAGCCGACGUGGAAGAAGGGUUCUCUAUACAAGCCCCUCUGGUGUAUCAUUUUGGCUCCACCACUCCUGGCACAAACAUCAAGCUGUAUAACAAGAUCACAUCUCGUUUAGCGGAUGUGUUCAACCAGAGGUGUGAGGUGAACCGCAGAGCAUCUGUGAGUGGCUGUGUCAUCAACACCUGUGGCUGGGUCAAGGGCUCUGGUUACCAGGCCCUGGUCCAUGCAGCUUCAGCCUUUGAGGUCGAUGUCGUCGUCGUGCUGGAUCAAGAACGACUGUACAACGAACUGAAGCGGGACUUGCCCCACUUUGUGCGCACCGUGCUGCUGCCCAAGUCCGGCGGUGUGGUGGAACGCUCCAAAGACUUCCGGCGGGAAUGCAGGGACGAGCGCAUCCGGGAGUACUUCUACGGAUUCCGAGGCUGCUUCUAUCCCCACGCCUUCAACGUGAAGUUUUCAGACGUGAAGAUCUACAAAGUGGGGGCACCCAGCAUCCCCGACUCCUGUUUGCCUUUGGGCAUGUCUCAGGAGGACAAUCAGCUGAAGUUGGUGCCCGUCACGCCCGGCCGGGACAUGGUACACCACCUGCUGAGUGUGAGCACCGCCGAGGGCACGGAGGAGAACCUCUCCGAGACCAGCGUGGCUGGCUUCAUUGUGGUCACCAGCGUGGACCUGGAGCACCAGCUGUUCACCGUGCUCUCUCCAGCCCCCCGCCCCCUGCCCAAGAACUUCCUCCUCAUCAUGGACAUCCGGUUCAUGGAUCUGAAGUAGAGAUGGGGCAGGAGGCCUGGCUGCCUGGGACGUGCAGAGGACCUGGCCAUCACCAGCAGGCUCAGAUAGGACACCGGGUGCAGACGGCUUAUCUGUGGCCUCUGGACCCGCAGAAAACAUCUGUAUUCACCCCUUCAAGCAGGUGGCAGUAACCAGACUCUUCUCAUUUUAAACCAGCAAGAAAGCCAUACUUGGUUUCUUAACACCUAAGAUGCCCUUUGAAUUCUCUUGAGCCCUUGGAGAGUUCUAGUUCUUUGACUGUGCUACUAUGUGGCUUUUGUUCUAUUUUUUUUAAAACUCUGCCUUAUAUUCCACUUACCAUGCUCAGUUAGACGACUGCAAAUUAGAGGAAUGUUUUCCAAUAAAGCUCAAACUUGGAAAAA